AUGCAUUUUCUAUUAUUUGCACUUUGCACAGUGCUGUGCUCUCGGGUGCUCGGUCACCCCUAUGCCUCUGAAACCACACCAUGGAUCUCAGCCACAGCGACAUCCGUUGAUUUAUGGGAAGACCCAGAGCCGAGUGAGAGACACCACUGCGACAACCGACUCUACUACAUCCACAGAUACCACAACCGACACAACCACAUCUACAACAUCUACUUCAACAACAUCUACGACAUCUACGACCGCAAGUUCCACAUCCUCAACAUCUACCUCUACAUCCGAGACAUCUACAUCUACAACAUCUACAACCACAUCUGCCAGCUCGACUACCAGUUCGACUACCAGUUCGAGUACCAGUUCAAGUACCAGCAGCUCCACGGCUACAACCAGCAGCACCUCAUCAACCACAAGUGCAUCAACGACAACUAG